AUGUCUUGGCUCUCUUCUCUUUCCGAGUGGCCAAACGGCACGGUUGCGGUGACCGCAGUCCUCGCUGCCGUGGCCGCCUACCUCCUUGCCACCGUUAUCCACUCGGCAACGCUCCACCCGCUCGCUCGCUUCCCCGGUCCCGCCUCCUGCUCCGUGAGCCGCAUACCCUUUUGGGUGGCCUGCAUCACGGGGACGCAGGUGCGGUGGAUGCACAAGCUCCACGUCCGGUACGGUCCCGUCGUGCGCUACAGCCCCAACGACCUCAGCUUCGUCGACGACGGGGGCUCCGUCUGGAAGGCCCUGCACAACCGUCACGAAAAGGGAGGGAGGGAGUUUGCCAAGGCGAAGGAGUGGUUUGUCACCCCUGCCAACGGCAUCUACGGCAUCAACAGCGCGGCCGCUCAUGAAGACCAUCGGCGGUACCGCGCCCUCUUCGCCCCGGCCUUUUCCGAGCGUGCCUUGAAGGGCCAAGAGCCCGUGUUCCGGAGCCAUGUCGACCAGCUGCUCUCCAAGCUGGCCGAAGCCGGCGAGGCCGGAAAGCCCGUGGACAUGGCCAAGCUCUUCCAGCUCACCACGUUCGACAUCAUGGGCCAGCUGACCUUCGGUCAGUCGCUCGGCCAGCUCGAGUCGACCACCUACUCGCAUUGGGUCCAGGCCGUGUUCGAUUCCAUCCGGGCCAUCCCCAUCGCCCAGCUGAUCCAGUACUACCCCCUGUUCCAAGCCCUCUUUGACCUCGUGGAACCCAAGGCCGUCCGGGACAUGAAGUACAACCACUUCCGGUUCUCGGCCGACCGCGUCGACAAGCGGCUGGAGCGUGGCUCGGACGAGCCCGACAUCUGGAACCUGGUAUUGUCGGCCCAGGGCGACAAGAAGCUUACCCUGGACGAGAUGUAUUGCCACGCCGACGUCUUCAUGCUAGCUGGGAGUGAGACCACGGGCACGGCCAUGUCCGGCCUGACCUACUUCCUCCUGACCAACCCGGACAAGCUGGCGCUCCUGACCCAGGAGCUGCGUGGCCGGUUCCAGAACGAGGAUGAGAUCACCAUGGAAAGCACCGCCCCGCUAAAAUAUCUGAAUGCCUGCAUCCACGAAGCCCUGCGCAUGUACCCGCCCGUGCCCGUGGGCGUGCCCCGCGUGGUAGCCGCCUCCGGCAAAACAGUCCUCGACCGCUUCAUCCCCGCCGACACGCGCGUGUCGGUGCACCACUACGCGACCUACCGUAGCGCGUCCAACUUUGCCGACCCAGACACCUUCGCGCCGGAGCGCUGGCUAACAGGUACUGGUGGUGCUGGGGGUGGUGGUAAGUACGCGGGGGAUCGGCGGGAGGCGAUGCAGGCGUUUGGGUAUGGGCCGCGGGAUUGUUUGGGCCAGAAUAUGGCGUGGCAUGAGAUGCGGUUGGUGGUGGGGAGGUUGUUUUAUGGGUUUGAUUUGGAGGUGUGUGAGGAGAGUUUGGGGUGGGUGAGGCAGAGGGCGUUUAUUUUGUGGGAGAAGAAGCCGCUGUUUGUGAAGGUGAGGAAGGCGGUGGUGCUUAUAUUCGCUUAUAGACUUGCACUCAUGGUGUUCCCCAUCCUAGAUUGGCACCUGCGAGGCCCUCAUGCAUUUCUCGGGGCUACGCCGACCCGUGGCUGGCAGCUUGAAGUCUGGGUAUUAUUGGUAAGGUUUGUUGGUCUCGUUCUAGGCCUCGUUGGUGGUGAGACCUCGUUUCGCCAGUCCCUGAACAGCAUUGAGCAUGACGCCGCGGGCGAUGAGCCUUCUGAUGCCUAUCGAUUCCACCCGCCUGUCAAAUACCGUUCGGAAAUGGAACGCGCACACCAAAAGCUCGCUUCGUGCAAAGCGUGGAGAGUGGCUAGAGUACCUAAGUAG